AUGGGUAGAAAGCCUUGGCUAAUCAUAGGUGAUUUCAAUGCGAUCAGAGGUCCGAAUGAAAAAAUUGGAGGGGCUUCGUGGGGAGAUACAUAUUGUGAUGAUUUAAACAAUUGUUGUAGAGAGGCUAGUUUAGAUGACCUUCGGUAUAUGGUGAACCAUCUCACGUGGAGCAAUUGUAGUAAAGGGCAAAUGAGGAUAGCUUGUAAAUUGGAUAAAGCACUCGCCAAUGAAUAUUGGAGAGAUGCCUUUGCGGAUUCUUUGGCCAUCUUUCUCAACCCUUCUAUUUCAGAUCACUCUCCAUGUAUUGUGAGCUGUGGGGGUAUUGAAGAGAGGAGGAAGGUCCCUUUUAAAUUCUACAACAUGUGGGCGAAAUAUGAAAGCUUCCUUAGUAUUGUUAGAGAGGCUUGGAAAGAGGAUUUUGGUGGCAGCCCUAUGUUUAAUCUUGUUAACAAACUCAAGAGAUUAAAAGGAGAAUUAAGGAAGCUAAAUAGGGAUGGCUUUUGGAAAAUUUCAGAUAAGGUGUUAUAA